CAUGCGCAGACAUACAGGUAGGACAGGAACAAGGAAAUGUACCUGGGUUAACGCUGUUUCGCUGAUUUCGAAAACAAUAUCAAAUGACAAUGAGUUAACUGUUUAAUGUGGUGAAGUUUCCCAUCAAACGGCCCAAACAUGAAGGAAAUAGACUUGGAUAAGGCGACCAUCGAUACAUAUCAUGCCUGGGUUCAGCGAGGCAUUCGGAAUGACUUGAACUCUAUCAGCCUAGGGCCUGGCAAACUCCCAUUUAGAGCAGGGAUUUUUAUGUACGUCAGCGCUUUCUUUAGUCUCAUAAUAGGGAUCCUUCUGGUGGCUCUACGCAUGAGAUAUGUCUACUUGUGGGAUUGGAGCGCCCAAUUCCUGGGACCAUUUUUCUUUAUUCUUUUUCUUUUGUGUAUGGCUGCUGGAUCCUACCUGAUGGUGCUGGCUAAAAGAAGGAGCAACAAAUACCGCUCACAACUUUAUUUCAGGCCACUUGGUGAUUGGGGUGUAUCCUGCAUUCAUAAAAAUGAACUGGCUCUGGUAGUGGAGCAGAAACAUGACCUGAAAUCUGGCACUACUCCACACAAAACAGUCAAGCCAAGGUCGGAGGCUUAUUCUCAGUCCAGCAAGGAUGCUCGCAGAACAAGACCAAGGGAUGGCAGGGAUAACCAUGCUUAUGACAAGAGUCCUCUAGAUGCCAACAAGCCAUUCCGUCCUGAGGACAGACGUAGACCUGAUGGUAGCAGGGGACCUCCACCUGAAGGACGUAGGGGACCUCCCCCAGAUGGUCGUAGGGGACCCCCACCAGAUGGACGCAGGGGACCCCCACCAGAUGGACGCAGGGGACCACCACCUGAUGGAAGAAGAGGACCACCACCUGAAGGACGUAGAGGACCCCCACCUGAAGGACGCGGUGGACCACCUGAGGGCUAUCGUCGCCGCCCGGAUGACAGACGACCACCUGAAAAUGGGGAGAGGCCACGGGGCCCACCACCUGGAUAUGAAGAAAGACAAAACAAUGACCGUCUCAGGCCACCACCCAAUGGGCAGCGAGGACCUGGAGGUGCUGCUAGGAUACCCUUGGAUGAUGGGCAGGGUCGACGACCUAGAGGGGUGCCAAGAUUUGAUGGAGUGGAGAGGAUCCCUAAUGAGGAUCUCCGUGAUGUCCAGCUGAUUUUGGACAAAUCCCGAGAUGAAUCUUCAGAAAUAUAAUUUUUAAAUACUUUGUACAUAGGAUUUUUUUUUAAACUACUUUUGUUCAUGGUUUUUUUUACUGUUUCAAAUAACUUUUUUUUUUAAAUUCAAUUUUAAAAAGUCAAAUUGUUUUCUCCUGGCCAAUUGGAUAAAACUUGAAGAAACUGGUGGUUUCAAUGAAAUACAUUUUGAUAAUCAAGUUAUAACUAGUGCCUCUUCAUCCUGUAUAUAGUAUCACAUAGUUUUUACAGAGCUAUUUAGCAGACAUUCCAUUAUUCUAACAUUCCACUUGAAAUUAUUUCAAUCAUAUUCAAACAUUUGCAGCCAUUUUCAUGGCAAUGUACUACUCAAAAUAAAAUAUAUCUCUUA